UCAACUGAUGUAUUUCCUGGGCGGAACCACAUGGCGGCCUCCAUAUCAAAACAGAGCUGUGCUACACGAGGAUAUUUUUGUCAAGGCAGAGUAAGCAAGUGACACUGAACAUCAUGCGAUUGUCGCUUGCUAGGAGUACCUGAUAAGUGUAAAGUCAACUGUCGUAGAUCAAACAUAUAGAUAUGGAUCUCCGUAGCAAAGGCGACACGUCGGUUGGAGAGGUGAUGGAGGCUGACCCACGCGCGGAACUGAUCUUCGAGACCCCGCCGCCUGAUGUUGUCAGCUCCAUCAACGCCUGCUUUGAGGAGAUCGACAGCGCCCUGAAGAUAAGAAGAGACCCGUCUGUGCACAGCCCUCCUUCAGACAGUGACUCUGAAAGCCUGUUUAUAACACAGUCUGUGACGAAAGUAGUUCACACUAAAAGACGACUCCGAUCAUCUAAGAAACCAGACUCCAUCUCUGAUGACUCCGGGUAUGUGAGAGAAAGGAGACUCUCGGAGAACCAACAGACUGAAUGUGAGGAGGAAAGCAGAAGUCUACGUUCUUCACGCCGCAAAAGAUCAAAAUGGGAGAUGUAUGCCUCCGCUCGCAAAGCUACGUUUCCCUUUUUGAUGAAAUCACUCAAAACACAACAUCUGCCUAUUAGGAAGCACCAGAUUCUGGAGAAUUCAGAAGUUGGUGGGUUCUUCAAAUGUAUUAAGAAAAUCAAGACCGGUUCUGUGAAGAUGGGAAAAGUGAUCAGUUCACACUUGUUUCAGUCUCCGAUAAGUGAUUCAUCAGAGGAAGAGGACCAAAAUAGUGAGCAUGACGUCAUAUCAGUGGAUAAAGCCCUUUUUGUUCCAGGUUACAAAAGAGGAAUCAACUUCAAAUGGUUGCCAGACUUUAUCAGGGAGAGAAGGACUCUGGAAAACUAUUUAUCAAAUGGCGUUGACAAGGAAAAGAAAACAGAACAAAUUAUCGAGUACAGACAACGAAAUCAACAUCCACAGAGAACUUCAGCCAAGGCAUUAUCAAAAUCAUCCCAGGUGUUCAAGAAGCCGAAAAAACAAGACACGCAUGAGGUUUUAGCUUCUUGUUCAGAUCAUGAAGAUCUUGAGAUUGCCGAAUGUGCUGAAAAUUCACAUGAAGGUCAUAAAGUGGUUAUCGAGGAGACACAGAGACAAACUGUAGAAGAAGCAUCGGCUCAUUUGGAGCACGAGGAUGACCUUAACUGUAAAGUUGUCGAGUACAGAAAACGAAAGAGACAUCCAAAGAGAACUUCAGCCAAGGCAUUAUCAAAAUCAUCCCAGGUGUCCAAGAAACCGAAAAAACAAGACACGCAUGAGGUUUUAGCUUCCUGUUCAGAUCAUGAAGAUUUUGAGGGUGUCGAAUGUGCUGAAAAUUCACAUGAAGAUCAUAAUGUGGUUAUCGAGGAGACACAGAGACAAACUGUAGAAGAAGCAUCGGCUCAUUUGGAGCACGAGGAUGACCUUAACUGUAAAAAUCAGCCGGAUGUUGACCAACCCAAUGAAAGCAAUUUCAUUGGUCCACCCCAAGAGGGAGAUAUUUCCACGCAGAGUGAUACUCAACAGACUGACAGUGACAUCGGCUCCGUGGAUUUAUUCAGCCCAUUGAACAGUCCAAAGCGAGACGAUCAAAUUCCUAAUACCACAUCUAUUACAGCAAACGUGGAGGAAAACGAUCAAGACAGUGAUGUGACACAGAUAGAGAGUGAAGGACAACAUGUGUCAACAUUUACACAAGAAACACAGAAAUGUUUUGCAAAUGAGGAAUAUGACAGUGAUGAAACACACAUAGACACUGAAUCUUUGUCCAGGUUUGAGCCAAGAACACCAAACAAACAGUUUACCAGUACUAAACACCCUGAAAUCCCACAGUUUAGAGUUCAGAGUCCUAAACCACCCUCAAGGCAAGCGGAGACCGUGAAUGUGCAACUAUCUCCUAAACAUUUACCACUAUCUAAUGUACCAUUAAGUGAAGUCCCCACAAGUCCAUGUGAAAGUGCUAUCGUAGGUCGACAAAAAACAAUGGUUGAGACUGAAACCGAUAGUCCGAUGUUUAAAAUCACUGGACCGAGUUUUCUUAAAAGAAAAAGAAAGAGAACGAAAGAUAAAAAUGCUGCUGCUGAUUUCAAACAACAUGAUACCAAUGGGGAUGUUGGUCAGAUGGUGAAUUGUCCUGGUGAUGACAUCACAGGACUUAAAGCAAUACCCAUAGAGAACAUUGAAGCAUGUGGAGUGGAACAUGAAAUGGCAAUUGGAGAACAAACCGAAGAAUUGGGUUUAAAGUCAAAGGAGCUCUUGGAGGAAAGUGUUUUAUCUGCGGUCAACAGUGUUAGCACAAAGAGUAAGAGGGAAAAGAUGAAAAAGUAUAAGGUAAAAGAGUGUGAGGCUGUAGAGAAUCAGUUGGUUGAGACAUCCAAAAAAGCCAAAAAGAAGAAAAAGGACAAAGAGAGAAUAGCAACAUCAUAUCCAGAGGAAAAUAAUCUUACAAACAUCCAAUCAAAUGAAGGAUUCGACUCCGCAGAGUUGAGAGUAAAAGAAGUGAAUCAAUCAAGUCAAUCCCUUAACACUGAUCAACCAACAUGUGUACAGACCUCAGAGGAAAUUACUGGUGAAACUGAAUUAAAAAAGAAGACGACACGCCAUGAGACGGAUGACCCUCUUUAUGAAUCUGUUGGUCUGGAUGUUACCUUAGCAUCUCAGUUUGAUGUUGGUCUCAGAAUCGAUGAACAACAGGAAGGUUUGGUCACUGAAGAAGCUGAGAGAGAUGAACGUUUGCAGGGUAAAGCAAUGAAGGUUGCCAAAGGCAAAAAGAAAAUUCAGGACACAAGUUUUCAAGUUGAUCAUGACAUUGGAUUGGAUAAACAAAGGUCAGAUAGUGGAGCAAAACCAGCAAAUUUGGAUUUAGAUGGCUUGGAAAGCUUAACGAUUAAAAAGAAAAAAAAGAAGAAGAAAAAGCACAAAUUAAAAGAGAAAACUGACCCCAAGCUUGAUUUUGAUUUUGACCACAAUGUGCAAUUUUUUCAGACUGAUAGGUUACAAACUACAGAUUCUGUGCUUUUGGACAGCACACAUACCAAUAAACAGAAAAAGAAGAAAUUGAAAUGUCAAAAUGACACUGAUCAGAGUUCAGAUUUGAAGCAACUGCACGUUGUCGGCAGCAAAUUACAAACUAUUGAUUUGCCAAAAACCGAUAAACACAUGGAAAGAACAGGAGUUAGCUCAUCUGAUGCACUUUUGGAGCACAUGGAUGACAGAACUCCAGGAAUGAAAGAGAAUAACACAAUUCAGACCGAUCAGAUUGAGCAUUUACAGACAUCGGAAGAAGUGACAAGAUGUUCAUCACCCAGAUUAAGCUCCGAUAAGAAAAGAGAGAAAACAUCUGUUCAUCCAAAUCUGGAUGCAAGUUCUGUGUUUCAGUUUGAUGGGUUCAAAGCAAAUGAAGACCAGGCAAUUACACAAAAUACCACUAAAGAAAAGCAGAUUUCCUCAGAACAGUUGGAAAAUAAUUCAGUAGGUCCUCCAUCUCAAGUUGAGAACAUCGCAAAUGUCAAUUCUUCUGUGCUUUUAGAUCACACGCACAUGAAUACACUGAGAGAGGGUCAAUUAAAAGAGCAAACCUACAAAGAGCUUGCUUUAGCUUUUGGAUUGAAACAACUGUGCAUUGUUGUCAAUAAGUUAAAGACUACAGAUUUGCCAAAAACCAACAAAAACAUGGAAGGAACAGGAGUUGGGUCAUCUGAUGAACUUUUGAAGCACACGGAUGAUAGACCUCUAGAAAUGAGAGAGAAUAACACAAUUCAGACCAAUCAGAUUGAGCAUUUACAGACAUCAGAAAAAGUGGAAAGACGUUCAUCACCUCGUGUAACCAGAUUAAGUUUUGCAAAGAAAUGGAUGAAAACAUCUGUUGAUUCAAAUUUGGAUGCAAGUUCUGGGUCUCAGUUUGAUGGGUUGAAUAGCAUGGCAAAAGAAGACUGGACAUUUUCACAAAACAUGGAUUUGUCUAUAAAAAGAACUAAAAAUAAACAAAAAGACAAAGAGAGAACAGGAGUUAGCUCAGAUGCACUUUUGAAACGCAUGGAUGAUAGACCUCCAGAAAUGAGAAAGAAGAACACAAUUCAGACCAAUCAGAUUGAGUAUUUACAGACAUCAGAAAAAGUGACCAGACGUUCAUUUCCCCGUUUAACCAGAUUAAGCUUAGCAAAGAAAAUGGAGAAAACAUCUGUUGAUCCAAAUCUGGAUGCAAGUUCUGGAUCUCAGUUUGAUGGGUUGAAAGAGGCUUCAAAAGAAGACCGGACAGCUCCACGAAACAGCAUUGAAGAAAAGCAGAGUGAUGCCAUUUCCUCAGAAGGUUUAGAAACUAACCCAGCACAUUUAGUUUCCACUAAUAAAAGUGAUAAUACAAGUCCUUCAUCUCAAGUUGAUAACAUUGUUGGACUGCAGUCAGAUGCCAAUUCUGUGCUUUUGGACCGCACGCAUACUGAUAUACGGAAAAAGAAGAAGAUAAAAAAUAAAUUAAUAGAGCAAACUGACACACAGCUUACUUCAAAAGUUGAUGACAAUGUGCAGCCAUUUCAGUCCAUUGAGUUACGAGCCAUGGAUUUGCCUUCAAAAAGAAUUACAAAUAAAAAACAAAAAGACCAGGAUAGAACAGGAGUUAGCUCAUCUGAUGCAGUUUUGAAACCCUUAGAUGGUUUCUCUUCGGAAAUGAGAGAGAGUAACACUAUUCAGUCUGAUAAUAUUGAGCAUUUACAGACAUCAGAAGAAAUGACAAGAUGUCCAUCACCCAGAUUAAGCUCAAAUAAGAAAAAGAAUAAAAAAUCUGUUGAUACAAAUCUGGAUGUGAGUUCUGGGUCUCAGUUUAAUGGGUCGAAUGGGACAGCAAAAGAAUUCCAGCAUACCAGUAAACAGAAAAGGAAGAAAAAGCAGAAAUUAAAAGAGCUGGAGAAUGUUGGGGACAACGUUCAUUCUGUUGAGCCGGAUCAGUUCAGUGGGUUACAAAUAACUGAGAUGAAAACAAAAACAAAAAGGAAGAAAGAUAAAAAGAGGACAAAGCAAGCAAAUGUAGAGGAGAAUGACUUAAAAGGAAUCUUGUCAAGUGAAGCUUUUAAAGAUUCUCAGACUGAUCAACUUGAGCACAUACAGACCUCUGAGGAAAUUAAAGGUCAGUCACCUAAUGUUGCUGCGUCAAAAUCGGCGAAGAAGAAAAAGAAAAAAAAGAAUAAGACUAAAGAUCCUCAGUAUGAAUCCAUUGAUCUGGAUUUGAGUUUAGCAAAAGAAGACCGGACAACUACACAGAACCACACUGAAGAAUCGCAGGGUGAUGGCAAUGCUGUGGAACAUUUGGAAAUGAAUCCAGCAGGCUUAAUAAAGGUUUCCAAAAAGAAAAAGAAAAGGGAGAAUGCAGGGAUAGUUCAACUUGAUAACAUCAUUGGAUUGCAGUCAGGAAGUUCCACAGACGUCAAUUCUUCUGUGCUUUCGGACAGCACAGAUACCAAUAAACACAAAAAGAAGAAAAGGAAGACAUUAAAAGAGCAGGAGAAUGUAGAGGCUGAAGGGGACGAUGUUCAUUCUGUUGACCCGGAUCAGUUCAGUGGGUUACAAAUAACUGAGAUGACAACAAAAAAGAAAAGGAAGCAUAAAAGAUGUGAAGAGCAGCGUUGUUUGCGAGGCGUUUCAUCACAUGAAGCUUUUAAAGCCCCUCCAACCAAUCUACUUCAGCAUAUACAGACUUCUGAGGAAAUUAGUCAAUGUCAAUCACCUAAUGUAGCUGCACUGGAGAAUGGAGGUUCCCCAUAUCAACUUGAAAACAUCAAUGAAAUGCAGCCAGGAAAUUCCAUAGACAUCAAUUCUUCUGAGAUUUUGUACAGCACAUGUACCCAUAAACAGAAAUGGAAGAAAUUAAAACAGCAGGAGAAUGUAGAGGCAGAUGCGAACGAUGUUCAUUCAGCAGAGCUGAAUCUGUUCAGUGAGUUAAAAAUAUCCGAGCCGACAACAAAAAAGAAGAAACAUAAAAAAUGUGUAGAGAAGUGUGCUUUGAAAGACAUUUCAUCAAAUGAAGGUAUUAAAGCACCUCAGACCAGUCAACUUGAGCAUGUACAGACUUCUAAGGAAAUUACUCAAUGUCAAUCACCUAAUGCAGCUACAUUAAAGUCAGAGAAGAAGAAAAAGCAGAAAAGGGAUGAGACUGAGGUACCGCAGUAUCUGGAUGCGAGUUCUGUGUCUCAGUUUGAUGAUGUCACUCGAUUGAAAAAGCAAGCAAAAGUAGACCGCACAACUACACAAAACAGCUCUGAAGAAACGCAGAAUGAUGAUAUUUCCUCAGAACAAUUGGAAAUGAAUCCAGCGCAUUUAAUAAAAGUUUCCAAAAGGAAAAAGAAAAGGGAGAAGGCAGGCUCUCCAUAUAAAGUUGAUAAAAUUGUUGGAUUGCAGUCAGGAAAUUUCACAGAUGUCAAUUUUUCUCAGCUUUCGGACAGCAAACGUACAGAUAAACAGAAAAAGAAGAAAAGGAUGAAAUUAAAAGAGCAGGAGAAUGCAGAGGCUGAUGUGGACGAUGUUCAUUCUGUCGAGCUGGAUCAGUUCAGUGGGUUACAAAUAACCAAACCGACAACAAAAAAGAAAAUGAAACAUAAAAGAUGUGUAGAGGAGAGUGGUUUACGAGACAUUUCAUCAAAUGAAGCUUAUAAAGCUCCUCAGACCAAUCAGCUUGAGCAUAUUCAGACUUCUGAGGAAAUUACUCAAUUUCAAGCACCUAAUGUAGCUGCAUUAAAGUCAGCGAAGAAGAAAAAGAAGAAAAGGGAUAAGACUGUGGAACCUCAGUGUCUGGAUGCGAGUUCUGUGUCUCAGUUUGAUGAUGUGAAAACACGAGCAAAAGAAGACCAGACACUUACACCAAACAGCUCUAAAGAAACACAAGGUGAUGACAAUGCUGUAGAAUGUUUGGAAACGAAUCCAGCAGGCUCAAUGAAGGUUUCAAAAAAGAAAAAGAAAAGAGAAAAUGCAGGUUCUCCAUAUAAAGUUGAUAACAUUGUUGGAUUAGAGUCAGGGAAUUCAGCAGACGUCAGUUCUUCUGUGCCUUCAGACAGCACAGAUACCAAUAAACACAAAAAGAAGAAAAGGAAGAAAUUAAAAAAGCAGGAGAUUGUAGAGGCUGAUCUACAGACGUCUGAGGAAAUUAUUCAGUGUCAAUCACCUAAUGUAGCUACAUUAAAGUCAGUAAAGAAGAAAAAGGAUGAGACUAAGGAACAUCAGCGCCUGGAUGCAAGUUCUGUGUCUCAGUUUGAUGAUGUCUCUCGGUUAAAAAAGCGAGCCAAAGAAGACCGCACAACCAUACAAAACAGCUCAGAAGAAACGCAGAGUGCUGACAUUUCCUCAGAACAACUGGAAAUUAAUCCAGCACAUUUGAUAAAGGUUUCCAAAAAGAAAAAGAAAAAAGAGAAUGGAGGAUCUCCAAGUCAAGUUGGUAACAUUGUUGGAUUGCAGUCAGGAAAUUCCACAGACAUCAGUUCUUCUGUGCUUUCGGACAGCACACGUACCGAUAAACAGAAAAGUAAGCAAAAGAAGAAAUUAAAAGAGCAGGAGAAUGUAGAGGCUGAUGCCGACGAUUUUCAUUCUGCAGAGACGGAUCAGUUCAGUGGAUUACAAAUAACUGAGAUGACAACAAAAAAGAAAAAGAAACAUAAAAGAUGUGUCGAGGAGAGUGGUUUACGAGACAUUUCAUCAAAUGACGCUUUUAAAGCUCCUCAGACCAAUCAACUUGAGCAUGUACAGACUUCUGAGGAAAUUACUCAAUGUCAGUCACCCAAUGCAGCUACAUUAAAUUCAGAGAAGAAGAAAAAGAAUAAAAGGGAUAAGACUGAUAAGCCUCAGUAUCUGGAUGAGAGUUCUGUGUCUCAGUUUGAUGAUGUUAAAAAACGAGCAAAAGCAGACCGCACAACUACACACAACAGCUCUGAAGAAACACAGAAGGACAACAUUUCCUCAGAAUGUUUGGAAUUAAAUCCAGCACAUUUAAUGAAGAUUUCCAAAAGGAAAAGAGAGAAUAAAAGUUUUGGAUUGCUUUCAGAAAACACUGCCGACCUCAAUUCUUCCUCGUUUUUGGACAGCACAGAUACCGAUAAACACAAAAAGAAGAAAAGGAAGAAAUUAGAAGGGCAGGAGAAUGUAGAGGCUGAUGUGGCCGAUGUUCAUUCUGCAGAGCCGGAUCAGUUCAGUGAGUUACAAAUACCCGAGAUGACAACAAAAAAGAAGAAGAAACAUAAAAGAUGUGUCGAGGAGAGUGGUUUAAAAGACAUUUCAUCAAAUGAAGCCUUUAAAGCUCUUCAGACCAAUCAACUUGAGCACAUAGAGACGUCUGAGGAAAUGACAAUAAAAACAGUGAAGAAGAAAAAGAAAAAAAGAGAUGCAACUGAGGAACCUCAUUAUAAAUCCCUUGAUCUGGAUGUGAGUCCUACAGAAAGUACUACAGAAGCUAAAUUAAAUCCCACCAAGCACAAAAAGAAGAGGAAACAAAGUUUUUCUGGCUGUCACGAUGCUCAGGAAGCACCUGAGAGGAAGAGGAAGAAGGACAGAAACUGA